GCUCUGUAAUCCCACCUGUAAUCUCAGCAUUUUAGGAGGCUGAGGCAGGAGGAUUGCUUGAGCCCGGGAGUUUGAGACCAGCCUGGGCAACAUGGCAAGACCCGUCUCUACAAAAAGAAUACAAAAAUUAGCCAGGUGUGGUGGUGCACGCCUGUGGUCCCAGCUUCUCAGGAGGUUGAGGUGGGAGGAUUUCUUGAGUCUGGGAGGUCAAGGCUACAGUGAGCCAAGAUCAUACCACUACACUCCAGCCUGGGCAACAGAGCGAGACCCUGUCUUAAAAAAAAAAAAAAGUCCUUGAGUCAUGAUUCCAGAUGCAAUCACAGACGUGGGGGCUGCAGCCCUCCAGUGGGCUGGGGUUCACGUCUACACCACAUGGCCAUAGCACAGGCCAGGAGGGGCUCCGGCUGGGGAAGCACGUGGGGAGCCUGGCUGUGGGACCCAGGCGGCCCCGGGACCUGUCGCCCUGCAGUGCAGGUCAGCUCUGCGGACGCUCGGCUCAUGGUCUUUGACAAGACGGAAGGGACGUGGCGGCUGCUGUGCUCUUCGCGCUCCAACACCAGGGUAGCCGGACUCAGCUGCGAGGAGAUGGGCUUCCUCAGGGCACUGACCCACUCCGAGCUGGACGUGCGAACGGCGGGCGCCAACGGCACGUCAGGCUUCUUCUGUGUGGAUGAGGGGAGGCUGCCACACACCCAGAGGCUGCUGGAGGUCAUCUCCGUGUGUGACUGUCCCAGAGGCCGUUUCUUGGCCACCAUCUGCCAAGACUGUGGCCGCAGGAAGCUGCCCGUGGACCGCAUCGUGGGAGGCCGGGACACCAGCUUGGGCCGGUGGCCCUGGCAAGUCAGCCUUCGCUAUGAUGGAGCACACCUCUGUGGCGGGUCGCUGCUGUCCGGGGACUGGGUGCUGACAGCUGCCCACUGCUUCCCGGAGCGGAACCGGGUCCUGUCCCGAUGGCGAGUGUUUGCCGGUGCCGUGGCCCAGGCCUCUCCCCACGGCCUGCAGCUGGGGGUGCAGGCUGUAGUCUACCACGGGGGCUAUCUUCCCUUUCGGGACCCCAACAGCGAGGAGAACAGCAACGAUAUUGCCCUGGUCCACCUCUCCAGUCCCCUGCCCCUCACAG